GGAGCAGCAGCGGCAGCAAGAGCCCGCCUCUAUGAUGAAGUUCAAGCCCAACCAGACGCGGACCUAUGACCGCGAGGGCUUCAAGAAGCGGGCGGCAUGCCUGUGCUUCCGGAGCGAGCAGGAGGACGAGGUGCUGCUCGUGAGCAGCAGCCGGUACCCGGACCAGUGGAUUGUCCCCGGAGGAGGCAUGGAGCCAGAGGAGGAGCCCGGCGGCGCCGCCGUGAGGGAGGUUUAUGAAGAGGCUGGAGUCAGAGGAAAAUUAGGCAGACUCCUGGGCAUAUUUGAGCAGAACCAAGACCGAAAGCAUAGAACAUACGUUUAUGUACUUACUGUCACUGAAAUAUUAGAAGAUUGGGAAGAUUCUGUUAAUAUAGGAAGGAAGAGAGAGUGGUUCAAAGUAGAAGAUGCCAUCAAAGUUCUCCAGUGUCAUAAGCCUGUACAUGCAGAGUAUCUGGAAAAACUAAAGCUGGGUUGUUCUCCAGCCAAUGGAAAUUCCACGGUCCCUUCCCUUCCAGAUAACAACACCUUGUUCAUGACUGCUGCACAGACCUCUGGGUUGCCAUCCAGUAUAAGAUAGAGAAAACUGGGAGGACCUCCCCUGUUCGGUCCUGUGGGGAGAGGUCUCUGUUUUCCUUGGCAAACUCUGAAUGACACUUGCAAACUGUCUGAAUUUGCCAUGCAGGAUUUUCAAACAAUUUGCAUGUUUUUCAGAUGUUUUCAAAUCUUUAAAAAAAAAAAAAGUGUAAAGUAUUUUAAUAAGCCAAAGCCAUGUGGAAUUUUUUUUUAGAUGCCUUAACUGUGCCCCCAGCCCCAACCUACCCCCCCAUUUUAGUUGUCAUUUUUUUUCACAGCAUUUUGUUCAGUUUUUUGUCCAUUUGACAUCAGUCUGUGGUUUUUGUCAGAUCAGCUUACUUAUUGGUAUAUCUUCUCUCUAAAUUUCCUCAUCACAGCAUUUAGUCAACAAAUUAUUCUGUUGUAGAAAUUUACAAAAAUAAUUCUUGAUAUUAAAUCUGUCGAUCUGAAAACUUGUUUCAUAGGAUCACAGUUUUAAUUUCUAAAUCCCAGAUUUAGACUAUUUGGUCCCAUAACUAUUUUGACAAAGGACUUAAUUUGCUAUUUUCAGGAAUUUGUCAACUCAUUUGUCUAAAUUUUCGCAACUGGUAUGUCACUAGCUACCUGAUAUGGCCAGUUACCCCCUAUAACUCAAUAGUCCUUUAACACAAAGUUUAUAUACAGUUGGUGAUUUUUAGAGAGGUAUUAUAAGAAAGAUGCAUGUAAUAAAAUACAUCAUCAUGAAAAAAUGUAUUCAUGGGAUCUGAGUUAGCAUGCUAAAUUGCCAAUUCCCUUUAUCCAUAAUCUCUUUACGCAGAACACUUGAGAACCAUUAUUCCUUCGAGGUAAAUUCCUUUUAAAAGAUACAUUUCCAGUUUUUGAAUUUACUGACCCCUCUUUAAACAUACUGGUUACCAGUAGUAACCACAGGAUUAGAGUCUAACCUCAAAUGCUAGUCAGUGGUGACUGCAUCACAGUUGAGUAAAAUGGCCUUCUUGCUGUUCAGCAAUUACAGACUUAAACCUGAGAAUGUCUCAUAUUCUAUAGGUUGCCAAUAAGUACUAUUUAUCCUAUAACUAACUAUUGGGGCACUGGAACAUACCUGAAUUAAGAAUUAUUUUGUCUUGUCUUUAUACUCACUUGGAAUCAAGAAUCCCAUUGACAAACACAUAGGUACCUUGUCUGAAACCCCUGUACUUCCCCGGACAACUCAGAAAUGAGACGGAAGGACAAAAACCUUUGAAUAAGACAUGGGGUGAGGGGAGAGUGAAAGAUCAUUCUGUAUGUAGGCAUCAGCCUUGUAAAUAUUGUAACUGGUGAGUAUAGAGUAGAAAGUAUAGUUGUACAUUCUACAAAUUAACUUUUAAAAAUAUAAUUGCUGCUAAAAAAAAUAGAGUGCUGUUACACUUAAGGAAAAUUGGUGCCACUGUUUUGAAAAAGAUCUUGUGCCAUAAAUGCAGCUGAACUAAAUAUAAAUAUUAGUUCACAAAUUAAUGCUGUCAGAGGAAUGAGUAAAGUAGAAAGAAAAACUUUUAACCAAUGACAUUUCAUUCUAAAUUAGGUAGUAUGAUCAAACAUGAUCACCCAGAAUUUUUAUAUUUUUCUUUGUACAGAGGUUAUGCAUCCUAGGUGUUUUUUUAAAAGGAAACAUUUUAAAUCCACAGAUUGACACUUUCAAUCUUCAAUGGACUUAAGAUUUUUUUGUUUCUCUAAUCUCUGAAGUUUCUUUAAACUAUACCUUAACACAGCAGAGAAACUGGAUUUUGUAUAUAAAACUGUCCACCUGAAAUGCUGUCACAAGUACUGGGGGAGGGGGGAUCUUGUACAUGAUAUUCUUAGGUAAUAAUGCAUGAACUUAUUUUAUAAACUCUUGGACUAUGUAUUUGACAUGUAAAAUAUGUACAGUAUUAAUGUCAGCCAUCUCUUAAAAGUGAGCCUAUAAAUAUUGUUGUAUAAUUUUUUUGGUCAAAAACAUUUGGACUAAGUAGUGCCACUCGGGUCAGGAUUUUCUUCAGUGCCAUUUAGCAAACCGUCUUUAGUCUAUGCAACUAGCAAAAAUUUGUAUGAUGCAACAGAAUACUUUACAGUUGUCAUAGUCUGAAUUUCACACGAGGGAUCCUUCACUAUUCUGAAACCCAGUCUAGCAAAAUUAGAGGAAAGGCCCUAAGGAGAUUUCUAUUAAGAAAAAGCCUUCAUUUUCAGGCUCAACAGUUGAAUCUACUAUAGAUAACAAAUAGUGUCUACUAUCUCAACCCUCCAACGUUUACAGAGUGUUGGGACUCAUUUCUGUUUUCUGUGGGGUAGAUGGAUAAAAUUGGGCAGCUAAAUUUUUCAGUCCCAUGUGCCUCCUAAAUAAAAGAAAUAACUAGGUUAUAAGUUGACUCGCAGACACAAAGUAGCAAACUAUCCUGAAUAUUUGUUGUUGGGGGGUUGUGUGUGUGUGUGCAUUUUUUAAUAAACAGGUGAAAUUUUCCAACCAGGCACAUGCCAUUCAAUUUUCCAUCAAUCAAAUAGUUGUAUAAAGCAGCAAAACUGAAAGGGGGGGGAUGAUUGUUGUAUACACUCUAAAUUGCUUUGCAUGGUCUCAUUUGAGAUAAUUGGUGUAAGAAUCUUGACUUUUUUUAUAUUUGGAAACCAAAUAAAAAUGGAAAUACGUUA